AUGCGCACUGCUCUUGACCAUGGAUGCAAUUUCCGGAACGACGAUGAGUUAUACGGCCCCCGAGCCACAACAGCCUGGGUGCUCGUGCAAUGCUACCUGGAAAAGUGCCCCGAGGACGCCGGGAAUAUCAUACUCAGCAUCAAGGGCGGCGUCAACCCCAAAACCAAUGCUCGCGAUGAAUCUGCCGAGAGUGCUAUAACAACCGCCCACAUCGAGGAAAACAGUAAGGUGGUCGAUCUGACGGACGAUGAGAUGGCACAGAUCGAUGUCACCUUGGCGAAGUUUACACCGGCUGGUAGCCGGUAUCCUGGUAAUAUUCCGGUGCACGCCUGGUGA